UGAUUACAUAAUGUUGGCUAACAGUCACGGCGUCGACGACCCUGUGUGGUUUCGAUUUGGACGUCCAUCUUGCCCUCCUUCUGCCACCGUCGCCAACGCAAAACCAGUCACGAUGCACUGUCGCUCUCUACUCAACACACUCGUUUUUCUCUCUCUUCUGAGUCUUGGGCUUGGGCACCUGCACGCUGGGACACUCCGGACGAAGCACGGCGCGUCGUGGAGGCGACGAACGGAACGGACGCAGGCUCUGGACGCACGAAAUACUACGACUCUUGAGAGACGUGUCGACGGGGCAAGGUUGACCUACUACGACGCCGGACAGAACGCGUGUGGCGGUUACGACUCGGACAAUGACUUUGUCGUUGCUUUGAACGCGCCUCAAUGGGAUAACGGGGCGCACUGCUACAAACCCAUCACAAUCUGGUACGGCGGCAAGAGUACUCAAGCCAAAGUAACGGACAUGUGCCCCGGAUGCCCUUAUGGCGGACUCGACCUUUCCCGUGGUCUCUUCGGCUUCAUCGCAGACCUCGGUCUUGGUGUCGUCUCAGCGUCCUGGGUCUUCGACGACGACGGCAGCCAGCAGCCUCAAGCCGACUUGCAAGCCGCAGCCUACACGCCAUAUACGUCCUACUCGCCGGCAGACUCCCCCAGCACGACUCACUGGACGCCAACCUCGAAGUACACGCCGGCGACCACCUACUAUGCUCCUGAGACCUACGCAAGCUACUCGAGAUUCAGCACUGCGACGGCGGCCUCCAGCGCGCACUCUUCGGUCUCUGGCGGUUCGACUGGCAGCAUGAACUCGGCGACCCCUUCGACGACGGCGACUGCUGCUCGGACUGUUGAUUUUGACAAGGGAACUCUGAAUCAGUUCAACAUGGCUCUUGUCGGGCUCAGUGGUCUCGCCGAGGCUGCUGCCUGGGCCUGAAAGCACAAGACGCGAAUUCUUGACGACGCAGUCUAUGGUAGCCCGUGCUUGCAUUCUCAUGUUGCGGCUUGUAUCAUGUAUUCAUCGUCCAAAAAUCUACGCCUGUCUCAUGGCAACUCGGGAACAAGCCUGACGCCCAUCUAUUUCAGUGGCUACGAUGCCGGACCGACACAGGAUGGCUCCACACAAUGUAACUUAAGUGAAUGUCAGUGCCUAAGGACACCGUGCGUAUGGCUACGCACUGGCCAGCAAUUUGGUUUGUUCGACACAAACUCUCGUCGUAUGCGUGGGGGUCUGGCGAGACUACUGAUCCUGCUUGCUGUCACUUCAAGUGAUGACCGCC